AUGAAAUUAUGUCCCGUCAGAUGCAAAAACUGCAAUGGGCUGCAGUGCUUGGACUCUGUAAAAAUCGACUGUGGUGAAGUACGCCGGCUUGGCGGUUGCAAACUUCCAAUGGCAGCCGAGUACUGCCCACGGUCUUGCAGACUUUGCGCUACACCGCCGGCACUUGCAGACAACUAA